AUGCUGGUUGAUCGCAGAAAGGCGGUCGUCUUUGGCGCUGCCCUGGUCUUGCGACUGCUGCUUUGGGUUCUGUUCCCUUCGCUGCCGGACUUGUUGACGGGACGAGUAGAGGUGUCUACGCCGGUUAACAGCUUCAAGCGGCUGCAGGAAGGCUUGUUUAUGUACACUCGCAAUGUUUCCCCUUACGACGGCGGCGUGUUCCAUCAGGCACCGCUAUUGCUUCCAAUCUUCGCGUUGUUACCAAAUGCCAAGGAAUAUCCUUUACCGACAGCCAUAUUCUACUCGCUGGUCGAUCUCGCAAACGCAAACGCAUUGGUCACAAUAUCCGACUCAGGACAGGCUCUUUCGGGGAGAUUACAUUCGGCAUUGAGAAAGCAUGUCCGAUAUGAUGGGGUUGCAGUUGCGGCAUGGUUUCUCUUUAAUCCGUUCACGAUUGCGACCUGUUUGAGCAGGUCGACGAAUGUUUUCACCACCUGCGGUAUUCUCUAUGCCAUAUCCAACGCUGGCAGCGGAAAUAGCGUCAAUGCGAUGCUCGCCUUGGGAUUCGCGUCCUACCUCUCGAUAUACCCGGCCCUUUUGUUUAUCCCGCUUGUUUUCUUGUGUUAUGACCGACGGGUGCAGGAAACGAAGAUGUCGUCCAAUGCAGCGGUCUUUUCCGUGCAGUACUUUGGCAUUUUUCUGGGGAGUGUGGCGGGACUUCUUGGAAUUUCCUGCCUGAUUGUCGCAGACUUCUGGCAGUUCAUCUCGGCGACGUACGGUUUCCAGCUACUCGUUCCCGAUUUGACUCCCAACGUCGGUCUCUGGUGGUACUUCUUUAUUGAGAUGUUUGAUUCCUUCCGAGAAUUUUUCCUCGGUGUCUUCUGGCUUCAUCUCGCGUGCUAUGUCGGAGGUUUGACCAUACGGUUGCGGCGCCAGCCUCUGUUCGUCCUAACUGCUCUCCUGGGCAUCUUUGCGAUCUUCAAGCCUUAUCCCAGCAUUUCGGACGCAUCUCUAUAUUUCGCUUUCCUUCCGCUUUACCGGCAUCUUUUCCCUUUGAUGCGCUAUACGUUCUUCGCAGUCUCCGCGCUGUUGUACGCAACUCUUUUGGGCCCUGCUUUCUAUCACUUGUGGAUCUACGCUGGAUCCGGAAAUGCCAACUUCUUCUACGCUAUCACACUGGUCUGGAGUUUGGGGCUCUCGAUCUUGUUAGCGGACACCGUCUUCGCCGCCCUCCGAGAAGAAUGGGAACAGGAUAACCCGGAACUCCGAGGAAAGGAUGUCAGACAGGUCUAA